CGCUUGUCUCCAUUAUUGUGUUGGUUCCGGGCGGCAGGAAGACUUGCCAUCGCCGGGGGAAUUUCACACUCCUUUAAACGUCGAACCGAACACGGCCGGUAGCCGUCCCGCGGUGCAAAGUCCGGCGGAUCCGGUGGCUUUCUCUCAACUAUCUCCCGUGGAGCUGUGGGACCAGCAUUCGGCGAUCGGUCCUUCGAAGUCCACGCAAACGGGCCUUCGAUGUCUCCAACCCUGAGGAUGACGCUUUAGACCUGGCGAUGGUCGCAGUGGGAUGCUGAGAUUCGUCGAUGGUUUCUAUGCGAGGGAAAUGUUCGCAGGCUCUGACAAUGAGGGAUCAACUUAUCUGUGAUGAGCCUGAAACCUCUGGCCUUCUGGGGGAACAACGCUUUUUUCCACUACUGGUCUCCCUCCAGAGGCCUGGGACUCGAGCACCAGUCUUUUCCUUCUUAUGGGGCUGCUGAAACAUUCCGAGAGGCCGUCCUAGGAGAGCGCCUUCAUGGCUAACAUUUCUGCCAGCUCCCAUGGGCUACUGGAGGAGGUUUUGCCAACAGCAGUGUCCUCAGAGACUCUUCAGGGUGUCAGCUUACCAUUGCAGGUCUUCUUCUGCCUGGUCAUGGUUGUCAUCCUACUUGUGGCUUUGCUUGGAAAUAUGGUGGUGUGCCUAAUGGUGUAUCAGCGCUCUGCCAUGCGCUCUGCCAUCAACAUCCUGUUGGCCAGCCUCGCCUUUUCUGAUUUAAUGCUGGCGAUACUCAACAUGCCCUUUGCACUUGUCACAGUCCUGACCACCACAUGGGUUUUUGGAGAACUCUUCUGCAGGGUCUCUGCAAUGCUGUUUUGGUUUUUUGUAACAGAGGGUGUAGCUAUACUUCUUAUAAUAAGUAUAGAUCGCUUUCUUAUAAUUGUCCAGAAACUAGACAAGCUGAGUCCACAGAGAGCCAAAAUGGUGAUUGUGGUGACGUGGAGUUUUGCUUUUGUUUUGUCCUUCCCUCUGGCCUUAGGUUCCCCUCCACUUCACAUUCACCCAAGCGCCCCGCAAUGUGUUUUUGGCUAUAGCACUGAGCCUGGAUACCGCGCUUAUGUUCUGAUACUGAUGCUGGUGGUGUUCUUUAUUCCAUUCACGGUCAUGCUGUACAAUUUCAUGGGAAUCCUGAAUACCAUUCGCCAUAAUGCUACACGGAUACACAGCCAUCCUGACAGUAUCUGCUUGAGCCAGGCCAACAAACUUGGCCUGCUGGGGCUGCACCGACCCAUCCCGAUGAACAUAGACAUGAGUUUCAAGACCCGUGCCUUCACCACCAUCCUCAUCCUCUUUUCUGUGUUUACAGUGUGCUGGGCCCCAUUUACUGCCUACUGCCUGGUGGCUACCUUCAGCAACAGCUUCUACCACGAGGUCAGCUUUUUUCAGGUCAGCACAUGGAUUUUGUGGUUGUCCUACCUCAAAUCAGCCCUGAAUCCACUCAUAUACUACUGGCGCAUUAAAAAAUUCCGCGACGCUUGUAUCAAUCUGAUGCCCAAGUACUGUACAUUUCUUCCUCACCUUCCAGGCAACACAAAACGGCGAAUCCAACCUAGUGCUGUGUAUGUGUGUGGGGAGCACCGCUCCACUGUUUGAAGUGGCCAAAAAAUAAGGAAAACUCUCUCACGCUGUUUCAGAUGAACACACUAAUAUCAGGAUGUACACUUCAUACCUCAUUUCCUGAACACAUGACGAAGGAACUCCCGUUUUAGAUGUUAGUAAAGCCUACCAUAUAUGUCAGUUUCUAUCAGGUUGAUGAAGGAAAACCUUAAUAGUUCAAACUGAUUCUUCUGAGAUUAUUAUAAUUGUCAACAACAUGUUAGUAUCUUGGAACGUUGCGAAUGAAUCGUACGCGACGUGUACACAGCUCUACUCAAUCACAUGUAUUUACACCCGGUUCUAAUAUCAGUGACCACAUUGCCUUUAAACAUCUGACUUGAAUCUGAGAUUAGAUAUGAAAGGUUGCUGUCUACACUAUGUGUUUUCUGAUAUUGGUUGCAUAUCUGAUUGCCAAUACAAACUCAUUGAAGUAACCAAGUGUAACAGGGGCUGCUGGACUUUGGAUUGGAUGGACUGGAUUUUCUUUGUAUGUUCAAUUCAAUCUGUAUUAUCCUGCAAUAUAUGAUGGAUUCACUCAUCUCUUGGAAGGUAAAAACUACAGGUGUCUAUUGGUUAUGCAGACUUUCGAGGCUUGUAUCAUAUAUGACUUCUUAAUCUGAAAUACUAAACAGCUGCUCUCACGUUAUUUCAAACCUUCUCAGCUCCUACUCCGUGGCAUGGUAUUUGGAUAGUCAUCCAAGAUCUGGUUUUCUUUCCACCACAAAAGCCGAACCAAAACAAUUCAGCACUGAAUGAAUCAGAGACAUUGAUAUAGAUAUUUAACUGGGGAAGUCGGGAAUCUGUGAACAAUAACAAAACUCUAUCUAUUGUUAGUCACUUGUAGCCUAAAAUGCAUGCAGAUGAAGUGCACUGAUGGACUGUAUCUCUGGAGCACUCUCUGACAUCACAGUCUGGUGAGAAAGUGGCCGAGAUCUGUAUUUAUUUAUCCAAUUUUUAAAUGGGAAGAAUAAAUCUAAUCUAAUCUAUUCUAAUACAUAAGUGUCCUUUUGAUUCUGUAGAUGGAUUAUUGAGAAACACAGCAAACAUGUCUGUCUCCUUCUGUCUUAGUGCUGUAAAAACCCUUUUGCGUGGAAAUGAUCAGGACAAGUUGGAGCCAGAUAAUUUUGUGCGGUAUUGACGGGGCGUUGUUAAAGUAUGUCGGUCAUACAAUUCAACAAAUGAAUGGAAAACCAAUGGAAAUGUGCAAUACAGAUUUAUGGUUGAUGGUUUGUAUGUGGCUUGAACUUGUCUUUUCUUUUAUAUUUCUGCUGAAAGCCGUCUUCAGCCUUUCUUUUUAUAAUAUACAGUUUUUUUCCAUUGAGGAAUGUGCCUUCUGUCAUUUAGUACAGAUAUCUUUUUAUUAGAUUUUAUGUAUAUAAAGUGAACUCCAGAAGUGAAAUGGAGUUAUUGGAAUCAUAAUCAGGGGGACGACUGUAAUGGAAAGAAAAAUAAUUUCCUCAAUUUUAACUGACAAGGACAAAUGACAGAUCAUCACAAUGAAAUGAGAGCAGUCAACAGAAUUAGGUCCAGCCAUUCUGCGAGGUGCUGACAUUACAGCAUUGUUUCACAGAAUAAUCUGUUGGACCCCCCUUCCCACAAAGGUUUGUCCAAGUUGUUCAGCUUUUGUUAUGAAACAACUUCCUUUGUUGCCCCACCUAUUUUGAGACGAUUAAACAAAGUAUUCUAUUCUAUUCCCAGCCAUUGAACAACUGAGUUGGCUCACUUUUGACCCUAAGUUACUUACUUGAUAUGUUCACAGUUUUAUGCGUCCAGUUGACAUUAAUAUUUCAUGUGAAAAGUGUACCUCUUCUGGUCUUUAAAAAUGGUCAACUGUAUUUUUAGCUGAGUUAAAGAAACUAUAUGUAACACAAGUUUGUUACUGUAAUUAUGUGUUCGAAUGCAAUGUUUGUUCCAGAUACAAAUGAAUGUUUGAAGUUUUUAGUUUGAAGCACUGGGUGUGCCUGUUGAUGUGUCAAAGGGUUGAAUGCUGCAGUUUCAGGUAAGGAACUGCAAUUCCAAUGUACUGAGCUGUUGAGUUUAAUAAAGACAUUUCUUACCUUGCUGAACAGUUCUCAGAGUCUUGGGUUAUGACCUUGAGUGUCAACUCCGUGAACAA